AUGACUCAACUCACUUCCGUGGCUGUCUCGUCCCAGCAAACAAGCGGCCAGAGCGCUUCUGCUUGUUCUGCUCAACCCUCCGAGGACAAGAAGCCCGAGGCGGUCAAGCUGGAACUCGAGGGGGUGAAUCUCGCCUUUGACAUCUCCACCAAGGCGAUCGGCACUUUGCAUUGGCUUCUACAUCUGGGAGCGCCCGUUGAGGGCCGAACCCUGACGGCGUUGGGCUGCGACAACGGACUGUGGAUCGGUUACCCCGGUUUAGCAGCAUCAUGGGCCAAGGUUGGCAGCUUCACCCUGGUCACGCAGGGAGCAGUAAUCGAACAAGUCGGACUUCUUGUCAUGAUGGCGAACAGAGUGUUGCAUGCGUGCAGGAUCCGCGAUUUGAUCGCAUGGAAAGAGGAAGCGUCGCAUCCGGAGCCGAACUGGCAGAUACCCAGCGGCGAGCACGAUAUCGACUACUUUUCAGUGGGUCAACCCGAGGGUUAUGAAAUCCUCAUCAUAUACGGAAGGAAGAGCAAAGAUGGUAAAACAAGCCGAUUCACGACGUUGGAAGUCGUGGAAGAUGCCAUCCUCAACGAUCAGAAGUCACGGUUUCUUCAACGAGGUCCCGCUUGGUUCAAAGUAAAGCAGCACUUUAUCAUGGACUGCAACGCCCGCGACGUCAUUUUUCUCCGCAAAAAGAUCGCCGUAGUCGAAGACAAGGGCUUCUCCGUUAUGGACCUGGCUGAGCACGAGAGCGUUCGAAUCCCACAAGGGGUGGAGGAGGAUGAGGAGGAUGGCGCUUCGGGAGCCUUUCCGCACGCCAUACAGCGAUUGAGUGAGAGCAUGCCGCUGGUGAUGAUCCCGUAUAAUGGAAGUUUUCUGCUGUGCUACGACGACUGCGGGGUGCAAGUGGACCCUCGAGGAGACCCGCUAGGAAAGGUCAUAGAAUGGGAAGGAACAGCCAACGCUUUCGCACUGAUAUGGUCGCGACUUCUCCUCUUCAAGAACAGCGGCGUGGAGGCGCGCUACCCAGAUACGGGUCGUCUGGAUCGCGUCCUUCGCAAUGGUUACGUGCGGUGCCUGUACGACGGUCGCCGCCAAGUUUACCUUCGCACCAAAGAACCAAAUGGAUCGUCUGAACCAUCGAAGGCGCAUCCGGUCUACGGAGCUACGGAAGAAUCUGGCCAAGUUCGCGUAAUUCGUUUCAAAGAGUUGUCGUAG